AUGGCAGACUCGUCGCAAGCAGCCACAUGGCUGCUAACAGAGCAUCUCCAGUACACGCCGUUGUCGCUGAUCGACGACAUCAUCAACUCAGUCAACAACUUCGUGUUACAGGUUCUCGGUAGCCUCGAGACGGGACUCUUGACGACACCUCCUGAGGAACUUGGCUUCCAGGCGGUGAAGAAAAGGAGAGAAGAUGGCGUUGAGGAAGUCGAAUUUCCUGAUGCAAAGCAAGAGAUCGAGGAAGGGCUUCAUAAACUCGAAACGCUGUUGUACUCGACCGUGGAUAAGAACUUUGACAAAUUUGAGAUAUACGUUCUGAGGAACAUCAUGUCUGUGCCGGCAGAAUUGGUCAACUGGGUGCGCCUGAGUCACUACGAGAACUUGUCCUACCCCCCGCCACAGAACGCCCCGACGGUCGACAGUGUACAAGUGAUGCGAGGCAAACUGGCAGCUGGAAGAAAUGCCUCGCGAGCCCUUCUGAAAGAGUACAACCGCAACCAGGCCAUCAUACAGCAAUUGCGCAGUCUGCUUGGUCAGACGCAAGCUACACCCGACAACCUCUCCUUCCUCGCGAACAGCACUCAAGCUCGAUCGCUCACCACGAACACGAACUUCGCCAUUUCCCAGUUACCCGCCCUCCAAACACUGCUUAAGGAGUUGAGACCGAAACUUGCAGCCCUGAAACAUGCCAGCGUCAAUGUUGACAGUGCCAAAGAUGAACUUAAAGAGGAGCGCAGAGGUUAUAUUGAGCAACGCACACAAUCGCAUCUCCGCCGUAACGGAGAAGACGUACAAGAACAGUCAGCUGCAGUGUCUGGCAAAAGAGUGGAGUCGGAAGAGGUUCAAGCUUUGGAAAAAGUCGCUGCGAUAUUUGACCCAGAUUGA